CCGCUCCCGCUCCCGUCGCGGCCUUCUGCUCCCGCAGCGGCUCUCCUCGGCCGUGUGCCCCCUUCUCUCGGCGCCCAGUCCCCGGAGCGCAUAGAUGGCAACGAUGAGAAUACGCAGCUGUGCUGAUAGAGCCAGGCACGUCUGGGUGCUGUGCACACACCACUAUGGAGCGCCCGGCGUGCCUCGCCGCAGGCCUCAGGGGCGUGUGCGCUGCACACAAAGGAGGCCUGGCCGUGCCAAGGCGCGCCGCGCCGCCCCGAGAACGCUGUCCAGCUGCGCCUGAGCGGCCGCCAGCAGCAGCGUCAACUCCAUCUCGCGCGAUGAGCCAUCGUCACGCACCCGCACGGUCCGCCUGCCAGAGGCUGGGCCGGCGGUUCGCACGUCAAGCCGCCUCUCUGGCGGUACACCAAGCACUGCCACCUCCACCGCGUUCGAGGGUCCCUGCGUGCGCGAGAGGCACGCGAUGCGGCGUUGAAAGCAGUGCCACCGCGUCGUGCACUCGCACCAUGUGCUUGCCACAGCGUCGCGUGUGCAGCGUGAGUCCGCAGCAGACGCACGCCGAAGCGUGGGCCCCUCCCGAUCAGCCUGCAGAGAGGCCAGCGGGGUGGGAGCAGCAGCAGGCGAGGGCGUCGGGAAUCUGACGGGUGCUUGUGAGUGCGGCCGCAUCACGUGGGCAGACCCCGACACUGCUCAGCGAUUGAGAUGGGCCGCGGCUGGAGGCAGCAGCAGCGCAGCGCCGCCAUCGUUUCGCCAGCGCCAGCCCCGCCUGCAUACUCCGCGUGUGAGACGCUGCAGCGCAGGGCCUCGCCCUUCUCGACGUUGCUCGUCUCGGAGGCGCUGCCGAUGCUGCGGCUGCGCCUCGGGAUGAUCCUCUCGCGCAGCGAAUGCUUGUCUUGGGCGUCCGAC